GAAAGAGCAGCUGUUCCUAAUGUUUUGUACACUCAGUGUACCUUGACUACGGUACUCAAUGUGUUGUUAAACAGUGAGUGAGUGUAGUAGAGGAAUAAAGUGGGAGGAGAGCGCUGAGAUGAGGGGGAGAGAGAGAUCCAUAGUGUGUUUCUACUAAGAGGCAUCUGUGCUGUAGCUGAGUGAACAACCCCAGUCCCUCCGUCCCGCUGUCUGGACCUUGUCAACGAACGACAACACCGUUACUAUUAUUGGGAUAUCAAUAAUCGUUUAUAUCGUGAACAGCCUUUGCAGGAACUAUGUGGAUUUACAACAUUAUUUUUACUCUCUUAAUCGUCCGUUAUUCAGAGUGCAGGAGGAAUGCAUUACAGGACUACCAGAGGAGUGAUGGCGUGAGAUUGGUCCAACUGCCAGACUCUGCCCUCCAUACCAAAAGCAGGAAGUUGAGCAUUGUGAAGUGUGCCCGUGGUUGCAGCCGCGACAAGAUACUGCUCUUCACCUGCAGAGCGUUCUUGUAUGAUCAGAAAAACAGGAAAUGCCAGUGGUUGUCGUUUGACAGGAACUCACCAGGAGUCCAAAGCCAACACGACUUCAACUACCAACUCUACCAGAAGAAAGCCUAUGUGCAGGAGUGCAUAGUGGGGACAGGCGUGAACUACAGAGGGAGGAGGUCUGUAACGGCCAGUGGAAUCAGGUGCCAAGCCUGGGCCUCUCCUUUCCCUCAUGAACACAAUUUCCUACCGAGGAGGAACAGGAAGAAGGAACUGACAAACAACUACUGCCGUAACCCUGACAACGCUAUUUCAGGACCAUGGUGCUUCACUACAGACCCCAAUGUCAGACACCAGGACUGUGGAGUACCUGAGUGCUUACAAGUGGAGUGUGUGAGCUGUAAUGGGGAAAGCUACAGAGGUCCCAUGGAUCACACCGAGACGGGACGGGAGUGUCAACGCUGGGACCUAGAGGAACCACACAAACACCACCUCCACCCCAAGAGGUAUCCUGAUAAAGGCCUAGAUGACAACUAUUGUAGGAACCCAGAUGGACGUCAACGACCGUGGUGUUUCACCCUGGAUGCACACACAUCCUGGGAGUACUGCAACAUCACAGCCUGCCCCUCAGACAGUGUGGGAGAGGUAGAUGUGACUACCAGCUGUUUCCGGGGUCGAGGUGAGGGCUACAGAGGGACAGUAGCAGUAACACCCAGUGGGGUGACCUGUCAACGCUGGGACUCACAGUACCCCCACAACCACACAUAUAUACCCCAGGACUAUCGCUGCAAAGACCUGAGGGAGAACUACUGUAGGAACCCUGACGGCCUUGACCUCCCAUGGUGCUUCACUUCAGACCCUAACGUUCGCAAGGCAUUCUGCACCAACAUCCCCCGCUGUGACACACAGAAUUCUGAACCCCAUGACUGCUACGAGGGCAAUGGAGAGAGCUACAGAGGAGAGGUGUCAAGGACCAGGUCAGGUCUUCCCUGUUCCCUCUGGAGAGACCACAGUUGGGACAGAGAUGCAGCGGUGCUGACUGUGGGACAGGAGGGGAGUUUCUGUAGGAACCCAGACAGAGACACACACGGCCCCUGGUGUUACACUAACAGCACUGCGAUACCCUGGGACUACUGCAGCGUCAAACCAUGUGAACCAUCAGAGUACACCAUUCCACAGCGAGUGGAGGUGUCAUGUUUCAUCCAUAAGACGACCAGGAUAGUAGGAGGAGCUCCAGUCGCCAUCACAGACGGAAGCUGGAUGGUCAGCAUACAGAAACGGUCCAGUCACUGGUGUGGAGGUUCUCUCAUACGAGAGGAGUGGGUCCUCACUGACAGACAAUGCUUCUCCUCAUGUGUUCCAGACCUGAGUGAGUAUCGUGUGUGGUUGGGUGUAUCAGACCUUCGUGGCUUGGCUCCUAACAGCUCCUUCAGACAGGAAGUCUCCAUCUCCCAUGUGAUCUGUGGUCCUGAGGGCUCCAACCUGGCCCUCAUACGGCUGGCCCAGCCUGCCCUCCCUGCAGACAGUGUCCACACCAUUCAGCUGCCGGUGGCUGGGUGCUCCAUUCCUGAUGGCUCGAUGUGUAGCAUGCAUGGCUGGGGCGAGACCAAAGGUACGGGUCAUGAAGGUGUACUGAAGGUGGUCCAUCUGCCCAUGGUCAGUAAUGAGAGGUGUAGAGAACAACACAGAGGGAACCUCCACAUCACAGACACCAAGAUUUGCGCUGGGGGGAGGAAGGACGAGGGGGUCUGUGAGAGGGACUAUGGCGGCCCCUUGGUGUGCCAGGAAGGAGAGAGCAGGGUCAUAGUGGGGGUCAGUGUCCAUGGCAGAGGCUGUGCCCGUGCCAAUCGGCCUGGCAUCUUCAUCAACGUCCCCUUCUACACCCAGUGGAUCCACAAGGUGUUCCGACACUACCCCGAACCUCAGAUCAACUAGGCACGACCCUCAGAUCAACUAGGCACGACCCUCAGAUCAACUAAAUAUCAAAAUAGAGAUAAACCUUUAUCCCAUCAUCAAUCAGAGACUCACUUGACCCCCCCUUGAUAUAGAUACACAUUGUUGUCUCUACUCUUACCUGUGGCUCAGUCACGUAAGGACCAACUGAGUCCCUGUGCAUUUGAAAGGGGGAAAACUCCAGCCAUACAGAAAAAUAUCAAGCGCAACUCCAAACUUGAUUCUGGAAUUCAGACUCAUGGGCUUCUAUAUGUCUUUGGAGUGGACCUGUGAAGUGGAAUGUAAUUGUGUUGAUCAGACUGCUGGAUCGAUCCUUUAGAUAAUAUAAAUAUGUAGUAUUACAAACAUGCUACUAAGGACAACAGAGGUGUGGAUAUGUGGUUGGCCAACCACCAUGUCCUGAAGCUGGUAAGGUUUGGAUGUUCAGGACACAUAUUGUACGCAAUCAGUAAGAAGCUGUAGACAAUGUGGUAAUAGGGGAGAGUGGGGUAAAUUGAGACACCCCUUGUUUCUAGGAAACCAUAUACAAAAUGAAUAAUGUGACCACAUUUUUAGGAAGAGGUCAUUUCAUGGAGUCAGAAGGAAGAAACCACCCCACAAAGUAAACUGAAUGUAUUGUGUUACAGGUUUUAUGAUGCUUGUAUCUAAACCAAAGUAGAUGUACAUCAGUUGGGGUCUCUAUAAGCUACAAUAUGAGGUCCUAAACCUAGCAUGAAAGUGCAUCCUUGUAGCUGUGUGGGCUAAUAUAAUCAAAAUGUUUGCCUUGGGGUAAGUUGAGCCAAUGGCCACCAUACCCCAUACAAAUGAUGAUUACAUUUUGUCAAUUUUAUGCAUAUUACGCAUAGUAUUUUUGCAAUGUGUCAUGCAUAUAAACUCAUGAUAGUGCAUUUGUAUUAUUACAGAGCAGACAUCAUCAUGCCCCUUGUAUACAAACGUAAAACAAGCAGGGGUCUAGCCGCCUUGAGUUUCUUGAGAGAGCAGCCAAGGAAGUGAGAGAAGGGAAGAAGUCAAUUUGAGAAGCAGCAAAGGAUGGAAAAAAUAGUCCUUAUGACACUGAAGAGGUACAUUGGCUAUGACAGAGUAGCGGAGGCACACAAGGUCUCAUCUGAUGACAUGGAGUCUCAGCUUGCGGAUCAUAUCAAGAAUCUGGCAGACCAGUUUCAUGGGCUUAGCCUUAAAUGCAGAGAACUACCACAACUGGCACAUACGAAUUGGCACAUUGAAGCAACAUCUCUAUCCCAGGCAACUGGUUAAGAAAUGAAAGGGUCAGUGAUAUUGAACAGAGAGAGCUAUGUCUGAAUGAAGAUAUACACUAUACCACACCCCCAUUCCAUUAAUUAAACUUUGACCUACCAGCACUAUCACCCACUAUCACAGGUCACCAUCCCCCACUAUCACAGGUCACCAUCCCCCACUAUCACAGGUCACCAUCCCCCACUAUCACAGGUCACCAUCCCCCACUCUCACAGGUCACCAUCCCCCACUCUCACAGGUCACCAUCCCCCACUCUCACAGGUCACCAUCCCCCACUCUCACAGGUCACCAUCCCCCACUCUCACAGGUCACCAUCCCCACUUACCUCAAGGCGGCUCAACUGACCUUGUUCCUAUGCUCAACUUACCACAUACCCGGGGUAAGAUGUGCCAAAAUACCACUUUUUUUGGACAAGCUAUGUUUUCAAAGCUGUUAUUUUUCCAGGGAUACACAACUACCUGAAAUACACUACGGAAGUGUGCUCAUCAAACAUCUCAUUCGAAAAUCAUGGGCAUUAAUAUAGAGUUGUUACCCCUUUGCUGCUAUAAAAGCCUACACUCUUCUGCGAAGGCGUUCCAACAUCUAGUGGAAGGUUGCUGCUUGGACUUGCUUCGCCUCAGCCACAAGAGCAUUAGUGAGGUUGGGCACUGAUGUUGAGCGAUUAGGCUUGGCUUGCAGUCGGCAUUCCAAUUCAUCCCGAAGGUGUUCGAUGGGGUUGAGGUCAGGGCACUGUGCAGGCGAGUCAAGUUCUUCCAUACCGAU